AGCCGGGGAGAGCCUUGCCUCCUUGUCACUCUCUCACAACACCGUGAGAGCACAGGACGCAUGCUGUCCUCCAGUACACCCACACACACUAGCACGGAGAGUGAGAGACACUGAGGCAGAGUGCGAAAGAGAAAGAGGGGUACAGGAACGAGGAAACUAAAAGAGGGAGGGACAUAGCAAAGCCAAAUCCUGACGGGAGAAAACUGAAGGGUUUUCUGUUUUCUCCUGAGGAGCUGCGAAUAACCCUCGGUGAAAGAUGGCAGAAGGGGGAGAGGGAGAGGAGGAGAUUCAGUUCCUGCGAACGGAUGACCAGGUAGUUCUGCAGUGCACUGCCACCGUCCUGAAGGAGCAGAUUAAACUGUGUCUCUCCUGCGAGGGCUUCGGGAACCGUCUCUGCUUCCUUGAAACCACAUCCAACGCUCAGAAUGUGCCCCCAGACCUGGCCAUAUGUUCCUUCAUUCUGGAGCAGUCUCUCUCAGUCCGUGCUCUGCAGGAGAUGCUGGCCAACACCGUGGAGAUGACCGAGUCGUCCCAGGGUGGAGGUCAUCGCACUUUACUGUAUGGACAUGCCAUCCUUUUGAGACACCACCACUCAGACAUGUACCUGAGCUGUUUGACUACAUCUCGGUCCCUCACGGACAAGCUGGCCUUCGAUGUAGGCUUACAAGAGGAUUCCACCGGUGAGGCAUGUUGGUGGACUAUUCAUCCAGCUUCUAAACAAAGGUCAGAAGGUGAAAAGGUCAGGGUGGGUGACGACCUCAUCCUUGUCAGUGUGUCCUCUGAGAGAUACCUGCAUCUGUCCUACGCCAGUGGAGAUCUCAUGGUGGACGCUUCCUUCAUGCAGACUCUUUGGAACAUGAAUCCAAUUUGUUCAGGCUGUGAACUAGCUGAGGGUUAUUUAACAGGAGGUCAUGUUCUCAGGCUUUUCCAUGGCCACAUGGACGAAUGUCUGGCCAUCGCUACACCAGAGGAAGGAGAAGAAAAGCGCAGGAUGGCUCAUUAUGAAGGCGGUACUGUGUGCAGUCAGGCUCGAUCCCUGUGGAGGCUGGAACCCCUCAGAAUCAGUUGGAGUGGUAGCCACAUGAAGUGGGGACAGUCUUUUCGUAUUCGCCACAUCACGACGGGCCGGUACCUGUGUCUUGAUGAGGAAAAGGGCCUCUUGGUGGUCGAUCCAGAGAAGGCGAACACCAAACUGUCUGCUUUCUGCUUCCGGGCUUCAAAGGAGAAGGUGGAGGUGGCUCAGAAGCGUGAUGUUGAGGGGAUGGGCAUUCCAGAGAUUAAGUAUGGAGAGUCCAUGUGCUUCGUCCAACAUGUGUCUACAGGCCUGUGGCUCACAUAUGCUGCCCUGGAUGCUAAAGCUGCUCGUUUGGGAAUGAUGAAAAGGAAGGUUAUUCUGCACCAAGAGGGCCAUAUGGACGAUGCCUUGACUGUGUCCCGCUCUCAGACUGAAGAGUCACAGGCUGCUCGAAUGAUUUACAGCACCACAGGCCUCUUCAGGCAGUUCAUCAACGGAUUGGACUCCCUCAGUGGGAAGAACAAGUCACCAGGGACAGGAUCACUUCCUCUGGAGGCGGUCAUCCUCUCUCUUCAGGAUCUCAUCUUCUACUUUCGCCCACCUGAGGAGGAACUGGAACACGAAGAGAAACAGACCAAGCUCCGCUCUCUCCGCAACCGGCAGAACCUCUUCCAGGAGGAGGGAAUGAUAACCAUUGUGCUGGAGUGCAUUGACCGCCUGAACGUAUACAACACUGCUGCCCACUUUUCUGAAUUUGCGGGAGAGGAGGCUGCUGAGUCCUGGAAGGAGAUUGUCAACCUCCUUUAUGAGCUGCUGGCUUCUCUGAUCAGGGGUAACCGAUCAAAUUGUGCAUUGUUCUGUGACAAUCUCGACUGGUUGGUCAGCAAGCUGGACCGUCUGGAGGCCUCCUCAGGUAUUCUUGAGGUGCUGUACUGUGUCUUAAUUGAAAGCCCCGAGGUUCUGAACAUCAUCCAGGAGAACCACAUCAAAUCCAUCAUCUCUCUCUUGGACAAGCAUGGAAGGAACCAUAAGGUGCUGGAUGUCUUGCGCUCUCUUUGUGUGUGUAAUGGUGUAGCUGUGAGGUCCAACCAGAACCUCAUCACUGAAAAUCUACUUCCAGGUCGUGACCUCUUGCUACAGACCAGCAUUGUAAACUAUGUCACCAGUGUAAGGCCCAACAUCUUCUUGGGUACAUGUGAGGGGUCAACACAGUAUAAGAAGUGGUACUUUGAGGUGAUGGUAGACCAUGUGGAAGCCUUUGUGACAGCACAGGCAAGUCACCUGCGGGUAGGCUGGGCUUUGACUGAAGGUUAUAGCCCCUAUCCUGGAGGAGGAGAAGGCUGGGGUGGUAAUGGUGUGGGAGAUGACCUCUACUCAUAUGGCUUUGAUGGACUGCAUCUGUGGUCAGGUACUGUGGCCCGCCAGGUGGCUUCGCCCAGUGCACAUACACUGGCUGCCGAUGAUGUUGUAAGCUGCUGCCUGGAUCUCAGUGUGCCCAGUAUCUCCUUCCGUAUUAAUGGCCACCCAGUUCAGGGAAUGUUUGAAAACUUUAAUGUUGAUGGCCUCUUCUUUCCCGUCAUUAGCUUUUCUGCUGGGGUCAAGGCUCGGUUCCUCCUCGGUGGUCGCCAUGGGGACUUUAAAUUCAUGCCCCCGCCUGGUUAUGCGCCAUGCUACGAGGCUGUGUUGCCUAGAGAGAGGAUGCGUAUUGAACAUAUCAAGGAGUACAAGCAUGACUUUAAUGGUGUGCGCAAUCUUCUGGGUCCUACUCUGUCCCUCAAUCACACAUCUUUCACCCCCUGCCCUGUGGACACAAUUCAGAUUGUCUUGCCACCCCACUUGGAACGUAUCCGAGAAAAACUGGCAGAGAAUAUUCACGAACUCUGGGCUAUCACUCGUAUUGAGCAGGGUUGGACCUAUGGGAUUUUUAGGGAUGACAACAAGAAACUCCACCCCUGUCUGGUGGACUUCCAAAGUCUGCCUGAGCCAGAGAAGAACUACAAUCUGCAGAUGUCCGGUGAGACUCUCAAGACUCUCCUAGCACUGGGUUGCCAUGUUGGUAUGGGUGAUGAGAAAGCGGAGGAGAAUCUAAAGAAAAUCAAGCUUCCCAAGACCUAUGUGAUGAGCAACGGAUACAAGCCUGCCCCGCUUGAUCUCAGCCAUGUCAAGCUGACACCAAACCAGAAUCAGCUUGUAGAAAAACUGGCAGAAAAUGGGCAUAAUGUUUGGGCGAGGGACCGAGUACGGCAAGGAUGGACCUACAGCAUUGUCCAGGACAUUGUUAAUAAGCGUAACCCUCGUCUGGUACCUUACAACCUGCUGGAUGAGAGAACUAAGAAAACCAACCGAGACAGUGUCAACAACGCUGUCCGUACACUCAUUGGCUAUGGCUACAACAUUGAGCCUCCAGAUCAGGAGAGCACUGGCCAUGGCCUUGAGAACACCCGUGGGGACAAGGUGCGAAUCUUCAGGGCAGAGAAGUCGUAUGCUGUCACCCAAGGAAAGUGGUACUUUGAGUUUGAGGCAGUCUCAACGGGGGAGAUGAGAGUGGGCUGGGCACGUCCUAAUGUCCACUCUGACACUGAACUGGGAGCAGAUGAAUUGGCCUACGUCUUUAAUGGCAAUAAGGCCCAGCGAUGGCAUAUUGGCAAUGAACCAUUUGGCCGCCAGUGGCUGUCUGGUGAUGUCGUUGGCUGUAUGAUAGACCUGACUGAGAUGAACAUCAUGUUCACGCUCAAUGGAGAAAUGUUGAUCAGUGACUCAGGCUCAGAGAUGGCUUUCAAAGAUAUUGAAAUUGGGGAUGGUUUUAUUCCAGUGUGUACCCUGGGUCUAUCUCAGGUUGGAAGGAUUAAUCUGGGUCAAAAUGUCAGCAGCCUGCGCUAUUUUGCCAUUUGUGGCCUGCAGGAAGGAUUUGAACCUUUUGCCAUCAAUAUGAAGCGAGACAUCACCAUGUGGUUCAGUAAAAGUUUGCCCCAGUUUGGGCCUGUGCCUGCUGAUCACAACCAUAUUGAGGUUUCCCGUGUUGACGGGACCGUGGACAGCGCCCCCUGUCUGAAGCUGACGCACAAGACGUUUGGGUCGCAGAAUGCCAACACUGAUAUGAUGUUCCUUAGACUCAGCAUGCCUGUGCAGUUCCAUGAGACCUUUAAGAUCCCGGCAGGUACCACCCCUCUCACCCGUGCCCUUACUAUACCUGAGGAGGAAGUCGCAGUGGUAGAACCUGACUCAGAGUUUGAAGUUUUGAAAAAGUCUGCCAGUCGCAAGGAGCAGGAAGAGGACAAGAAGGACCCCUCUGUGCCUAAGGAGAUCUCCGUGGAAAAUGAGAAGGACACAAUGUCAGAAAAGGGAAAGAAAAGAGGAAUGAAAUCCACUGAAACUUAUUACUACUCUGUGAGGAUCUUUGCUGGGCAGGAGCCGUCUGGUGUUUGGGUUGGCUGGGUCACUCCUGAUUACCACAUGUAUGAUCAAAACUUUGACCUCUCCAAGGUCCGCAGUGUCACUGUCACAGUGGGAGAUGACAGAGGCAACAUACAUGACAGCAUGAAGCACAGUAAUUGUUACAUGGUGUGGGGAGGGGACCUGGUCAGCAAUCAACAGACCCGCUUUAGCCAGGAGGACAUGGUGAUUGGCUGCCUUGUUGAUCUGGCAACAGGUCUAAUGACUUUUACGGCAAAUGGAAAGGAGAUUAAUACUUUCUACCAGGUGGAGCCGAACACCAAACUCUUCCCUGCAGUUUUCGUUCAGCCGUUCAGUCAGAACAUGGUGCAGCUAGAGUUGGGCAAACUCAAGAACAUCAUGCCUAUCUCAGCUGCGAUGUUCCGCAGUGAACGUAACAAUCCAGUCCCUCAGUGCCCCCCGAGGCUGGAUGUCCAGAUGCUGACGCCAGUUAUCUGGAGUCGUAUGCCAAAUCACUUCCUCAAACCAGAGGUGGGCAAAGUAAAUGAGCGGUUAGGCUGGAUGGUGGAGUGUGUUGAACCUCUCAUCAUGAUGGCACUGCACAUCCCAGAGGAGAACAGAUGUAUUGAUAUCCUGGAGCUGUCAGAGCGUCAGGAUCUGAUGAAGUUCCACUAUCAUACACUCAUGCUCUACUGUGCUGUGUGCGCACUUGGGAACAACCGAGUGGCUCAUGCAUUAUGCAGUCAUGUGGAUGAAUCCCAGCUUUUCUAUGCUAUUGAGAACACCUACCUACCUGGACCUCUUCGCAGCGGCUUCUAUGAUCUGCUUAUCAGCAUUCAUCUGGAAUCAGCAAAACGGGCACGCUUGGGAACCAACAGGGAAUUCAUCGUUCCCAUGACCGAAGAGACCCUCAGCAUCAAGCUCUAUCCUGAUGCAAUAAAAGCCCACUCCUUACCUGGCGUUGGUCUCACUACCUGCUUACGGCCAAAGCUGCAUUUCUCAUCCAUCAACUUUGUUGGCACAGACCCUGAUUUGUACACCAUUAGUCCUGUCUUUCCUCUACAGGAGCUGAAAACAAAGGCGAUUAACAUGUUACGAGAGGCUGUGCUGGAUGGUAGCCAGGCCAUGCGGGAUCCAGUAGGAGGCAGUGUAGAGUUCCACUUUGUCCCAAUCUUGAAGCUAAUCAGUACACUGCUUAUUAUGGGCAUCUUCAAUAAUGAUGACACCAAGCACAUUCUCAAGAUGAUCGAUCCCAAUGUUUUCAGUGGAAAGGAAGAGGAGGAAGCUGAAGAGGGUGGAGCUGCUGAAGGAGAAAAUGAGGAAAAGAAGGAGGAGGAAUCGGAAGAAGCAGCCGAAGACGAGCUUGAGGAUGAAGGGGUCGGGGAUGAGGAAGAGGAGGAGCUGAAAGAGCUGGAGAAACGAGAGGGUGAGGAGGAAGAGGCUGAGCCCAAGGAAGAAGGAGAAGAGGAGGAAAAGGACAAAGAAGAGGCUAAGAGAGAAAAAGUAGAUGGAGAGAAAGCAGAGGAAGAGAAGGAGUCAGAGGCAGUGGAAGCAGAAGCACAGGAGGAAGACGAGGGUCUGGAGGAAGGACUGCUACAGAUGACGCUGCCAGAGUCUGUCAAACUGCAGGUCAUUGUUCUUAUGCUAACGAACUUCAAACACUUGGAGGAUGAAGAUUCUCCAGUUCCCGAGGACGUGCGGGAAACACUGGCAGAAUUCCACAAUGACCUCUUGCUUCACUGUGGUAUACAUAUUGAGGAGGAACCAGAGGAGGAGGAGGUGGACACUUCACUGAGGGGCAGACUUGUUAGUCUGGUAGACAAGGUUAAAAGCCUCCGUAAGAAGAAGGAGGAGGAGGAACAGCCAGAGGUGGAGGAAGAAGCAAAACCCAGCACCCUUCAGGAGCUGAUCUCCCACACCAUGAUCCACUGGGCUCAGGAGUCUUUUGUUCAGAACCCUGAGCUGGUGCGACUGAUGUUCAGCCUUCUACACCGACUGUACGACGGUCUUGGCGAGCUGAUCCGUGCACUGCCCAAAGCAUAUGCCAUCAAUGCCGUGUCCGUUCAGGACACCAUGGACCUACUUGAGUGUUUGGGACAGAUCCGAUCACUGCUCAUCGUCCAGAUGGGUCCCGAAGAGGAGCGGCUUAUGAUCCAGAGCAUUGGAAAUAUCAUGAAUAACAAGGUGUUCUACCAACACCCCAAUCUGAUGAGAGCUCUGGGUAUGCAUGAGACUGUGAUGGAAGUGAUGGUCAACGUGUUAGGUGGAGGAGGAGAUUCGAAGGAGAUUCGAUUCCCCCAAAUGGUGACCAGCUGCUGUCGCUUCCUGUGUUACUUCUGCCGUAUCAGCCGACAGAACCAGCGUUCUAUGUUUGACCAUCUGAGCUACCUGUUGCAGAACAGCGGCAUCGGCUUGGGCAUGCGUGGAUCCACACCCCUGGAUGUGGCUGCAGCCUCCUGUAUUGACAAUAACGAGCUGGCCUUGGCUUUACAAGAGCAGGAACUGGAAAUGGUGGUGACAUACUUGGCAGGCUGUGGACUGCAGAUGUGUCCAAUGCUCUUGUCUAAGGGCUACCCUGACAUCGGCUGGAAUCCUUGUGGCGGAGAGAGAUACCUGGAUUUCCUCCGCUUUGCUGUCUUCGUUAAUGGAGAAAGCGUGGAAGAGAAUGCCACCGUUGUGGUGCGUCUGCUCAUCCGUCGCCCUGAGUGCUUUGGCCCAGCCCUGAGAGGAGAGGGUGGUAAUGGCCUGCUGGCUGCAAUGGAGGAGGCCAUCAAGAUAUCAGAGGAUCCGGCAAGAGAUGGGCCCACUGUUAAGAAAGACAGGCGCUUCAUGUUUGGUGGUGAGGAACAGCACGAGGAGAACCGUGUGCAUCUGGGAAAUGCCAUCAUGUCCUUUUACUCGGCUCUCAUUGAUCUGCUGGGUCGCUGUGCCCCAGAGAUGCAUCUGAUCCAAGCGGGUAAGGGUGAAGCUCUAAGAAUCAGGGCCAUCCUGAGGUCUCUGGUGCCUAUAGAGGACCUGGUUGGAGUAAUCAGCUUACCUGUGCAGAUUCCAGCAUAUGGCAAAGAUGGCCAGAUUAUUGAGCCCAAGAUGUCUGCCAGUUUUGUGCCAGACCACAAGGCCUCCAUGGUGCUCUUCCUCGACAGAGUGUACGGUAUUGAUAACCAGGACUUCCUGCUUCAUGUGCUUGAGGUUGGCUUCUUGCCUGACAUGAGAGCUGCAGCUUCUCUGGAUACGGUGGCAUUCAGCACAACUGAAAUGGCCUUGGCUCUGAACCGCUACCUCUGUUCGGCUGUUCUCCCUCUUCUUACAAAGUGUGCUCCAUUGUUUGCUGGAACAGACCACCGGGCCAUCAUGAUCGACUCCAUGCUCCACACAAUUUAUCGCCUGUCUCGUGGCCGAGCCCUUACCAAGGCUCAGAGGGAUGUUAUAGAGGAGUGUCUCAUGUCCCUCUGCAAAUACCUUCGACCCUCUAUGCUGCAGCAUUUGCUUAGACGGCUGGUGUUUGACGUACCCAUCCUCAAUGAAUAUGCAAAGAUGCCUCUCAAGCUGCUGACCAAUCACUAUGAGCGCUGUUGGAAGUACUACUGCUUGCCAAAUGGAUGGGCGAACUUUGGGGUGACUUCUGAGGAGGAGCUGCAUCUUUCUCGAAAACUCUUUUGGGGAAUCUUCGAAUCGUUGGCACACAAGAAAUUCGAUGCAGAGCUCUUCAAGAUUGCCAUGCCCUGCCUCUGUGCUAUAGCUGGAGCCAUCCCCCCUGACUAUGUGGAUGCCAGCUACUCCUCUCACACUGAGAAAAAGGCCUCUGUGGAUGCUGAAGGCAACUUUGAUCCAAAACCAGUAGAGACCACCAACACUAUCAUCCCAGAGAGACUGGAUCCUUUCAUCAAUAAGUAUGCAGAACACACUCAUGAUAAAUGGGCUUUUGAAAAGAUUCAGAACAACUGGACGUAUGGAGAGGUGCUAGAUGAGAAUGCUAAGACUCACCCGAUGCUCCGGCCAUACAAAACAUUCUCUGAAAAGGACAAGGAGAUUUAUCGUUGGCCCAUUAAAGAAUCCAUCAAAGCUAUGCUAGCAUGGGAGUGGACCAUAGAGAAAGCAAGGGAUGGAGAAGGAGAAGUCGAGAAAAAGGCCGCCGCCACCACCGCCACGCGCAAAAUCUCUCAAACUGCUCAGGCCACUUAUGAUCCGAGUCACGGAUACAGCCCUCAGCCAAUAGACAUCUCAGGAAUGGCCCUCUCCAGAGAGCUGCAAUCUAUGGCUGAACAGCUAGCAGAAAACUAUCACAACACCUGGGGCAGGAAGAAGAAGUUGGAGCUACAGUCCAAAGGUGGUGGUACUCAUCCUUUGCUCGUGCCUUAUGACACAUUGACGGCUAAGGAGAAGGCCAGAGACAGGGAGAAAGCCCAGGACCUGCUCAAGUUCCUCCAGCUUAAUGGAUAUGCUGUGACAAGAGGUCUAAAGGAUAUGGAACAGGACAUCUCCUCCAUUGAAAAGCGUUUUGCUUAUGGCUUCCUUCAGAAGCUUCUUAAAUGGAUGGACAUUGCCCAGGAAUUCAUCGCUCAUCUUGAGGCUGUAGUUAGCAGCGGUAGAAUGGAAAAGUCACCACACGAACAAGAAAUCAAAUUCUUUGCCAAGAUCCUCUUGCCGCUGGUAAAUCAGUACUUCAAGAACCACUGCCUGUACUUUCUCUCCACUCCUGCCAAAGUAUUGGGCAGUGGAGGACAUUCCUCAAAUAAAGAGAAGGAGAUGAUUGCAAGUAUCUUCUGUAAGUUGGCUGCUUUGGUGAGGCACAGAGUAUCUCUUUUUGGAACGGAUGCCCCUGCAGUGGUAAACUGCCUGCACAUUCUCUCACGAUCACUGGAUGCCAGGACUGUUAUGAAAUCAGGCCCUGAGAUUGUGAAAGCCGGCCUGCGUCAGUUCUUUGAGAGCGCUGCGGAUGACAUUGAGAAGAUGGUUGAAAAUCUAAAACUGGGCAAGGUGUCCAGUCGAAACCAGGUUAAGGGUGUCGCACAGAAUAUCAACUACACCACCACUGCCCUGCUGCCAGUCCUCACUUCACUGUUUGACCACAUUGCCCAACACCAGUUUGGUGAUGAUGUCAUGAUGGACGACUUGCAGAUAUCCUGCUAUCGUCUAAUGUGCAGCAUCUACUCUUUGGGCACUGUGAAGACUCCACAUGUGGAGAAACAGCGACCAGCUCUUGGCGAGUGUUUGGCCCACUUAGCAGCUGCUAUGCCGGUAGCCUUUCUUGAACCAGUGCUAAAUGAAUUCAACUCAUUUUCUGUUUACACGACCAAGACUCCUAGAGAGAGAGCGAUUCUUGGUCUUCCCAAUCAAGUAGAAGAGCUGUGUCCUGACAUCCCAGAACUGGAGAUUCUGAUGAAAGAGAUCCAUGACCUGGCUGAGUCUGGAGCUCGCUACACAGAAAUGCCCCAUGUGAUUGAGAUCACCUUGCCCAUGCUGUGCAACUAUCUCCCGCGCUGGUGGGAGAGAGGCCCAGAGAACUUCCCCGAGCAGGACGGCCAGCUCUGCACCGCUGUCACCUCCGAGCAACUCAACCAGCUGCUGGGUAGCAUCAUGAAGAUUGUGGUUAACAACCUGGGUAUAGAUGAAGCCUCUUGGAUGAAAAGAUUAGCAGUGUUCGCUCAGCCCAUUGUCAGCAGGGCUAAACCAGAGAUGCUUAAAUCCCACUUUAUCCCAACCAUGGAAAAGCUGAAGAAGCGUGCAGCAAAGGUGGUGGCAGAGGAGGAUCAUCUGCGCAUGGAGGGCAAAACAGAGGUGGACAGUGAAAACGGGACCAUUCGAGAUGAGUUUGCUGUACUCUGUCGGGACUUGUACGCUCUCUACCCUUUGCUCAUUCGCUACGUGGACAACAACAGGGCAAGGUGGCUGACUUGUCCAGACCCAGAUGCAGAGGAGCUUUUCAGGAUGGUGGGUGAGGUCUUCAUUUUCUGGUCCAAAUCCCACAACUUCAAGAGGGAGGAGCAGAACUUCGUGGUGAUGAAUGAGAUCAACAACAUGUCCUUCCUGACUGCUGACAGUAAGAGCAAGAUGAGCAAGGCCGGAGAUGGAGAGUCUGGCAGCUCAGAGCAGGAGCGUACCAAGAAGAAGCGACGGGGGGACCGCUACUCUGUGCAGACCUCCCUAAUUGUAGCAGCGCUAAAGAAGAUGCUACCCAUCGGCCUCAAUAUGUGCUCUCCUGCAGACCAGGAACUCAUCAACCUUGCCAAGAUCAGAUACUCACUGAAAGACACAGAUGAAGAGGUGAGGGAAUUCUUGCACAACAACCUGCAUCUGCAAGGCAAGGUGGAGGACCCAGCAAUGCGCUGGCAGAUGUCUCUUUAUAAAGAGAUGUCUGGAAAAGCAGAAGAUGCCGAUGAUCCGGAGAAGGUGGUGAAGAGAGUACAAGAGGUGUCUGCUGUCCUUUACCACAUUGAAGUGACUGAACAUCCCUUCAAGUCAAAGAAAAUGGUUUGGCACAAGCUGCUGUCUAAACAGCGUCGCAGAGCUGUGGUGGCCUGUUUCAGGAUGACGCCUCUGUACAACAUCACCACGCACAGGGUAACCAACAUGUUCUUGGAUGCAUACAAACGCAACUGGUUAGAAACCGAGGGUUACUCAUUUGAAGACAAGAUGAUUGAUGACUUAUCAAAAGCCAUGGAAGAAGAGGAGGAAGAGGAAGAGGAGACUGAGACGAAGCCUGACCCCCUUCAUCAGCUGAUUCUUCAUUUCAGCCGCACAGCUCUUACAGAAAAGCUUAAACUUGAUGUUGACCAUCUCUAUAUGUCAUAUGCUGAUAUUAUGGCAAAGAGCUGCCACAUUGGUGAGGAGGACGAAGGGGGAGAACAGGAGGGGGAGGAGCCAUCCUUUGAGGAAAAGGAGAUGGAGAAACAGAGGCUCUUGUACCAGCAGUCCCGUCUGCACAACCGUGGUGCUGCAGAGAUGGUGCUGCAAAUGAUCAGCGCCUGUAAAGGUGAACCUGGAGCCAUGGUUUCUUCUACACUCAAACUGGGAAUCUCCAUCCUCAAUGGAGGCAACAGUGAUGUACAGCAGAGGAUGCUGGACUAUCUGAAGGAUAAAAAGGAUGUGGGGUUCUUCCUUAGCAUUCAGUCUCUGAUGCAGACCUGCAGUGUUUUGGACUUGAACGCUUUCGAGAGACAGAACAAGGCUGAGGGACUUGGGAUGGUUUCAGAAGAAGGCACCAAUAAGAAGCUAGAACGUGAUGAGAAAGUGAUGGCAGACGAUGAAUUUACAUGCGACCUCUUCCGCUUCCUUCAACUUCUUUGUGAGGGCCACAAUAAUGAUUUUCAGAACUACUUAAGAACUCAGACAGGCAGCACAACUACUAUAAAUGUCAUCAUCUGCACUGUGGACUACCUUCUUCGACUCCAGGAGUCCAUUAGUGACUUUUACUGGUACUACUCAGGAAAAGACAUAAUUGAUGAGCCUGGCAAGAGGAAUUUCUCCAAAGCAAUGACUGUGGCCAAGCAGGUGUUCAACAGCCUGACUGAGUACAUCCAGGGUCCCUGUACUGGGAACCAACAAUCUCUGGCCCACAGCAGAUUGUGGGACGCUGUUGUGGGUUUUCUACAUGUCUUUGCUCACAUGAUGAUGAAACUUGCUCAGGACUCCAGUCAAAUUGGUCUCUUGAAGGAGCUUUUAGAUCUGCAGAAGGACAUGGUAGUGAUGCUUCUGUCACUGCUUGAAGGCAAUGUGGUGAAUGGUACCAUUGCCAGGCAAAUGGUUGACAUGUUGGUGGAGUCCUCCAGCAAUGUGGAGAUGAUCCUUAAGUUCUUCGACAUGUUCCUCAAGCUCAAGGAUAUAGUGGCAUCCGAUGCGUUCCGUGAUUAUGUGACUGAUCCACGUGGUCUUAUUUCAAAGAAGGACUUCUCCAAGGCCAUGGACAGUCAGAAGCAAUACUCUCCCUCUGAAAUCCAGUUCCUCCUCUCGUGCUCAGAGGCUGAUGAGAAUGAAAUGAUCAACUUUGAGGAGUUUGCUGAUCGUUUCCAGGAGCCAGCAAAAGACAUAGGUUUCAAUAUUGCUGUUCUGCUCACAAACCUGUCAGAGCAUGUACCCCAUGACACUCGCCUUCAGAACUUCCUGGAACAAGCAGAGAGCGUGCUCAACUAUUUCCGCCCUUUCCUUGGCCGUAUCGAGAUCAUGGGAGCCAGCAGGAAGAUCGAACGCAUUUACUUUGAAAUCAGUGAGGAGAACCGCAAUCAGUGGGAGAUGCCUCAAGUCAGAGAGUCCAAGCGGCAGUUCAUCUUUGAUGUGGUCAACGAGGGUGGCGAGAGUGAGAAAAUGGAGAUGUUUGUGAACUUCUGUGAGGACACCAUUUUUGAGAUGAACAUUGCUGCAUCUAUCUCUGAGCCAGAGGGAGAUGGUGCAGAAGAAGAAGAUGAUGAUGAAGAAGAGGAAGGCGGAGGAGAUGAAGGAGAGUCCGGAGAAGGAGAUGAAGGAAAUGGUGAGGGUGAAGCUCCGGAGUCGGCUUCUGCCUUUGCAGAGUUUCUGAAGAGCGUGGUUAACUUCUUUAACAUGUUCACCUUCCGUAACCUCCGGCGUCGAUACCGCAAACUUCGAAAAAUGACGGUAAAGGACAUGAUUAUCGGCCUGGUUACAUUCGUCUACACUGUUUUGAUGGGCAUCCUGAUUUUUGUCUAUAGUAUAUGCAAGGGUUUCUUCACACUAAUAUGGAAGGCACUGUUUGGUGGAGGCUUAGUAGAGGGUGCCAAGAAGAUAACAGUCACAGAGAUCCUGGCCAGUAUGCCCGAUCCCACCCAAGAUGAAGUUCAUGGGGAUCUACCGCCUGAACCGGGUGCUAGGGAAGUCCAAGAUGCAGAUGGAGUGGCAGACCUCAUAGAUGCCGUGGGUGGAGAGGAGGAAGAAGAGGAUGGUGAGGACAGAGAAGGUGGACGGUUGCCUGGCUUUAAUACUCCUGGGGGACUUGGAGACAUGGGAGAGACAACACCAGAAGAACCUCCGACUCCAGAGGGCACUCCACUGUUGAAGAGGAAACUGCUGGCUGCUGCAGUAGGAGGACAAGGAGAUGAAGAAAAGGUUGAACACGAAGAAGAGGCUCCUCAGGAGACCGAGAAAGCAGACACCGAGAAUGGUGAGAAAACAGAGAAAGCAGAGAAAGCAGAGAAGGCAGAGCCUGAACCCGAGGUAAAGGAGGAAGAGCCCGAGGAACAAGAAGAGAUAAGUGUGAAGACCAAAGUGAAGAAGGACAAGAAAUCUGAUAAGGAGGGCUUUAAACUGUGGAAUGAGCUGGAGGUUCAGAGGAUUAAAUUUAUGAACUACCUUUCUCGCAACUUCUACAAUUUACGUUUCUUGGCCCUGUUCAUUGCCUUCGCUCUCAAUUUCAUCCUGCUCUUCUACAAGGUGUCUGAAACGCCUCCAGGUGAGGAGGAGUUUGAGGGUUCUGGUCUCUUUGAGGGUUCUGGGAUUUUUGAAGGCUCCGGUGCUGAAGAAGACGGAUCAGGAUUAGAUGACGGAGGGGAAGAUGAUGAUGAAGAAGGCCCUUUGUACUACUUUUUGGAAGAGAGCACUGGCUACAUGGAACCAGCAAUGGCUUUCUUUGGUAUUGUUCACACCAUCAUCUCCUUCCUCUGUAUCAUUGGCUACAACUGCCUGAAGGUCCCUCUGGUUAUCUUCAAAAGAGAGAAAGAACUGGCCAGAAAGCUGGAGUUCGAUGGCCUCUAUGUCACUGAGCAGCCUGAGGACGAUGACAUCAAGGGCCAGUGGGACAGACUGGUGCUCAACACUCCAACCUUCCCCAACAAUUACUGGGACAAGUUUGUGAAAAGAAAGGUUCUGGAUAAAUAUGGGGACAUUUAUGGCAGAGAGAGAAUUGCGGAGCUGCUUGGUAUGGACUUGGCUUCUCUUGAUGUCAGCGCCAUGAACCAUGGAAAAAAGCCUGAACCUGACACCUCAAUGUUCAGCUGGAUAACAUCUAUUGAUAUCAAAUACCAGAUCUGGAAGAAUGGUGUGGUCUUCACUGAUAAUACCUUCCUCUACCUGGUUUGGUACAUGUUGAUGUCUCUGCUGGGGCACUACAACAACUUCUUCUUUGCUGCUCAUCUUGUUGACAUUGCAAUGGGCGUGAAAACCCUGCGCACGAUUUUGUCCUCCGUCACCCACAACGGCAAACAGCUGGUGAUGACAGUGGGUUUGCUGGCCGUGGUGGUGUACCUGUACACUGUGGUGGCCUUUAACUUCUUCCGCAAGUUCUACAACAUGAGUGAAGACGAGGAUGAGCCGGACAUGAAGUGUGAUGACAUGAUGACUUGUUACCUGUUCCACAUGUACGUUGGUGUGCGAGCUGGCGGUGGCAUAGGAGAUGAAAUUGAGGACCCAGCUGGUGAUGAAUACGAGCUUUACCGCGUUGUCUUUGACAUCACAUUCUUCUUCUUCGUUAUUGUCAUCCUGCUGGCUAUCAUCCAGGGUUUGAUCAUUGAUGCAUUUGGAGAGCUGAGAGACCAGCAGGAGCAAGUCAGAGAGGACAUGGAGACAAAGUGUUUCAUCUGUGGAAUAGGGAGUGACUACUUUGAUACGACGCCGCAUGGCUUUGAGACACACACUUUAGAAGAGCAUAACUUAGCCAAUUACAUGUUCUUCUUGAUGUAUUUAAUCAAUAAAGAUGAAACAGAACACACAGGACAGGAGUCAUAUGUGUGGAAGAUGUACCAGGAACGAUGCUGGGACUUCUUCCCUGCUGGAGACUGCUUCAGGAAGCAGUAUGAGGACCAGCUUGGAUAAAGUCAUGCAUCUUUACUCUGCAUCCAAUGGAGAAAGAGAGGGGAGAGAAAGAUAUGAAAUUUUAAGAUCAAACAUAUCUAUGUCUUAGUUUUGUCCUUUGCCUGCACAGUUAUCUCCUCUGUUAAAGCUAUGCACACUUUGACUGCACUGUUU